UUGAUCUUGCCAUUUACAUAAAAGCUUCGGUUGGAUUGGCUUCCUCCAGCUCAACUCACCAUCCGCCAUUAAGCUUUGACCGGUCAUUUGUCUGAAGACUAAGCUUCAGAAAGCAUCCAAUGUCCAAAUCGACGCAGAAUCAGGCCUGGCGAGAUUUUUAUGGCAAAGAGAAUUCAGCAAGCAUUCAAUGCAUGAUUGGCAUGCCAAGACUGUUUUGUUUGAUUGAUUAUUCAUCUGCCUGCCGCAGCCAGCGAGUAAGAAGUCAUAGUUUCCCAUCUCAACCAUCGUCAUGAUCAACACCUUAAUCCUUGGUCCUCACUGCUGCUUUACGCCAUCUCUCUUCUCUUUUUAUUAUAUAUAAAUAUCUAUUGUGGCAGAGAAAGUUGGAGAGAGAGAGAGAGAAAGAGAGAGUGAGAGAUCGUUCACGAUGCUUUGUUAGGAGUGCGGAACCACAGCACCGAAAGCGACGCUUAAACUGGUCCGGAGGCGGCGGCGCAGCGGCCGAAGCCUUGUUCUUGCCUUUUGGAAUGGAAGGUCAGCUCGAAGUGAUAAAGCAAGCGGGGGCGGCAAAGAGGAAGCAAGGGCGGCUGCAGUUGUAUUUGUAUAAAGAAUAAUACAGCACCACCAGCGAAGAGAGAGUGAGUGCGUGCCUGCCAAAAGAAAGUGAAGGGGGAGAAAGAAGAGCCAAUAGAAAGAAGCAAAAGACGCAGCUAAAUUAAUACUCUAACGUAUCGCCAUUGCUCGACGCGCCGUUUUCUCCUCGUCUCAGCCCCCACACUCUCUCCGCGAGAGAGAGAGAGAGAGAGAGCGCGCGCGCGAGAGAGAGAGGAGAGAGGGUGUUUCUGCUCGUAUAAGAGAGAUGAAGUAUAUGAAGCUGGGAUCGAAGCCGGACGCCUUCCAAUCGGACGGCCGUAACAUCAGAUUUUUCGUGUCUGAGCUACCAGCAGAUGUCUUUGUGCAUGUGGAUGAAGUGAGAUUCCAUUUACACAAGUUUCCUCUAUUAUCGAAGAGUAGACGACUACUAGGGUUAAUGACUCAGGCCUGUGACAACAACAAAGAUGAAAUAUUCUUGCAUGAUUUUCCGGGAGGAUCAAAAGCCUUUGAAGUAUGUGCUAAAUUUUGCUAUGGCAUGGUUGUGACUCUCAGUGCCCACAAUGUUGCUGCUGCUAGAUGUGCAGCCGAGUACCUUGAGAUGACUGAGGAUGUUGAUAAAGGAAACCUGAUAUACAAGAUUGAGGUUUUCCUCAACACGAGCAUCUUACAGAGUUGGAAAGAUUCUAUUAUUGCUCUACAGACCACAAAGCUUUUAUUACCAUGGUCUGAGGAACUGAACUUGGUUGAAAGAUGUAUCAAAUGCAUUGCUUCUAAGACAUCUACAGACCCAAGUAAUGUUAGUUGGUCUUAUACCUGCAACCGGAAGUGGACUGCAUCUGAUAGCUUAGUUGAGAUUGAACAAGGGACACAUGAAAUUCCACCUGAUUGGUGGAUUGAAGAUAUAUGUGAGUUGGAUGUUGAGCUUUACAAGCGAGUGAUGAUCGCUGUGAAAUCCAAGGGGAGGAUGUCGUCGAAGAUUAUAGGAGAGGCACUAAAGUUCUACACAUUUCGAUGGUUGCCAGAUUCUUAUGAUGCCUUGGUUGCUGAUGAUUAUAUGAGAAAAAACAGGAUUCUGGUGGAGACCAUCAUCUCUCUGCUGCCUUCAGAUAAAUGUGGGGGGUCAUUGUGCAGGUUCCUUCUGAAAUUAUUGAAAGUUGUCAUUUUGGUUGGAGGCAACGGUCCAAUGAAGGAAGAAUUGAUUGAUCGGAUUAGCAUGCAGCUGCACAAAGCUUCCGUAAAGGAUCUACUUGUUCCAGCAAAGUCUGAUGGUAAUACGAUAUACGAUGUGAAUCUGGUACAAUGCCUAGUGAGUAAAUCUCUGAUGCAAGUGAAUACUGAAAAUGACAUAAGCUUUGAUAAGAGUGACAAUGCGUUUGUUGAAAUUGCUUCCCGGAACAAAGUUUUACUGGCCUUAGGAAGGCUAGUUGAUGGUUAUCUUGCCGAAAUAGCCCAUGAUCCAAAUCUGUACAUUUCUAGCUUCAUUGAUAUCGCUAAGUCAGUUCCCGAAGAAGCUAGACCUAGUCAUGAUGGAUUAUACACGGCCAUCGAUAUCUAUUUGAAGGAUCAUCCAGACUUGACGAAAGAGGAAAAGAAAAUGAUCUGUGCUUUGAUGGACGUCAAGAAAUUCUCAUCCGAAGCCAGCAUCCAUGCAGCACAAAACGAGCAACUGCCUCUCCGCAUUGUUGUCCAGGUGCUCUUCUUUGAACAUUUGAAGAUAUCAGGGGUCAUGCCAACCACAACUGAUGACAUUUCAAUGUGUCAAGCAACCAUGGAUGGAGAUUGCGAGGGGAGAAUUGUGGAUCACCAUAACAUUCUAAAGCAUCAAAUGGAGAACUUGAGCAUAAAGGCCGAUGAGUACCAAAACGGUGAAGGAAAAAAGAUAGUUAAAACUAGAUCCACAAGGAUAUUUGACAAGUUGUGGAUAGAUAAAGGGCAACGCGAGACUGGUAAAAAAUCUGAAACAUCUAGGAGCUCACAAAGUACGCCGACCUUUGUCAAACGUGGUGAAGACAAAACUACUGGAUCUUCAAGGAACACAAAACACUCUAUAUCGUAACAAAAGGGUUCUCAUGCCGUGUUUCUUUUCUAUACAUUGUACAGAAACAAAGAAAAAAGUGGCAGUGUGCCUGGUACAUGCAUUUGCAAAUUAUUAGCUAGAUAUCACAGGUAUGAAACAGCUGAAACAGUUUGUUUAGAUACAAUGAUGGUAAGGAAGAAAAUGAAGAAGAGAAGCAAACAGACACCAAAGGGUUAGUGUUGUGUGCUUUGCAUCUUCAUCGUCGUCAUUUUUUGAGCUUUAGUUUAAUGAUGUGUGGCAAAUUGUAAUAUUGUGUUUGGGAUUGAGAAGUACUAACAAGAUUGUGUAGUUCAAAGAACAAUGAAUACCCAACAUUUGAGGAGAUGAGGUGACACUGAAUGUAGUAAUUAAAGAUGGUGAUCACUUUGUAUCGA